AUGAGUAGGCGCAAGAAGAAGGGCCGGGAACCCGAUCCCGAUGAACAGCAGUCACUGGCGCCACUGGAGGCACACGCUGCACUGACAGCUUGCGCAGGUGCCCUGGCGGGCGCGGUGGCGCGCUUUGUGGUGGGGCCGCUGGACGUGUUGAAGAUCAGGCUGCAAGUGCAAUUGGAGCCGAUCGCCGCGGGCGCACAGACCGCGCACUACACCAGCAUGAGGCAGGCCUUGGUCACAAUUGUCAAGGAGGAGGGGAUCAAGGGCCUGUGGCGCGGCACGGUGCCGGGCCAGCUGCUGACGGUGCCCUACACUGCCGUCCAGUUCGUGGCGCUGCAACAGUGCAAGCACCUGGCACGCCAGGCUGGGCUGCAGGACAGUCCACACUGGCAGAGCGCAGUUCCGUUUGUGAGCGGGGCGGUGGCGGGGGCGGCUGCCACCAUGGCCAGCUACCCAUUCGACCUGCUGCGCACUACGCUCGCAGCACAGGGCGAGCCGCCCGUGUACGCAUCCAUGACGGAAGCAGCACGCGGAAUUGUGAGGUCAAAUGGAGUCCGGGGGCUGUACCGUGGGCUUGGCGUCACUGUGCUGGAAAUCAUGCCCUACGCGGCGUUGCAGUUUGGCCUGUAUGACGCCUUCAACAACACCUACGACCGCAUACGGGCCCAACUGGAUCCGGCACACGCCGGCGACCCUCCCAGCAGCAUGCAGGCAUUCGUGUGCGGGAUGGCUGCGGGCAUGCUGGCUAAGCUGGGCACGCACCCGCUGGAUGUGGCCAAGAAGCGGUUUCAAGUGGCGGGGCUGCAGCGGUCAACGCGGUAUGGCCAGCGCGUGGCGCCCGAGGCGGUGCGCACCCUGCGGCAGGUGGUGCGCGACAUUGCAAUGAAGGAGGGGAUGCCAGGCUUAUUCAAAGGCGCCAUGCCCUCCAUCCUCAAGGCUGCACCCAGCGCGGCAGUCACCUUUGCAGCGUAUGACUUUUUCAUGCGCUGGCUCACAAUGAACAACAGCCAAGGUGCAGCAGCACCAGAUAGCGGCAGCAGCAAUGCUCGACGACGCCCGCUACACUGA